AUGCCCAACAUCGCCAGCUCCCCCUCAACCUCUCCCAUUGGCGGACCAGCAUCUACGCCUUCAGCGGCUCAGCAAGGAAAUACCGCCGCUGCCAUCACGGCCACGAAGCAGACCAAGUCCCCGUCGACCUCGCCCGCGAACAAGAGGAAGAACGGUGAGGCUUCGGCGUCAGACGGGAAGCGAGCCCGUGUUGCCUGGACGGCUGACGAGGAUGCCAUUAUCCUUGAUCUUAUCCAGGAGCUGGGCAAGGAGCAAUUGUGGAGCAAGAUCAAGGAGGACGGGCGACUGGUUCACCGAGGGAAUGACGGGAUCAAGGUGCACUUUAACUCUAUGAUGGGAAAGAUCAAGAAGCAGGUGCAGCAGUAG